AUGUUAAUCCUCGGAGCCAUAAGAAGGGCUCAACGGAUUCCAUUGAGAUGCAGUACUACCAACUUCCAAAAUGUAGCCCCCCGUAAUCUUUCGCCCGUAAGGCAGAAUUUUCGGAUCCUGGGUAUGAGAUUGGAGACGACUGCAACAAACACGACGAGGGCAGCUAAAGCAAACGCCACGGCUAGUCCCAAACCGCCAACACCCAGAUUCGCUUUCCCAGAGAACCUCUGCGUGUACCACGCCGGCACAGGCCGGAUAACCUUCCUAGCCUGCCUGAAGAUCUCAACACUCUUCAUCUUCGCCUUCUUCAGCUUCGUCGUGACCCCAGCGUACUUCGACCGGGAAGGCUUAUCGCCCACCGUGCUCCGCACAACCCUCUCCGCCAUCAUCCCCCUAGUCUUCGUAGCAUACACCACCUCCCCCUUCGUGUCCUUCAUCCACAUGCGCCUACCGCCCGUAGCGCGGCAGUCGGAGGACAUGCUGCGGCGCUUCGCACGUGCGAUCCCCGCAAACACGGAGCUCGACAUCACGACCAUGAGCUUCAUCGCCAAGCCGCGCGUGAGCCGCGUCAAGCUGUCGGACCUGCGCCCUGUGUCCCGAAGGUUCGGUAUCGUUAACCUCGCCCGGGACACUGCUGCUGAGAAUGCCGCGAGGAAGUGGUACCGGUUCCGCGCUGUGGGCGAUUUCAACGCCCAGGGUAACACCGCGACGCGCGCCCCAUGGGUCUGGGAGAGCAUCUUGAACGCUAUGCAAAAGCCUCGGGCGUGA